UUGUCCAAAAUACCAAAAGAUAGGAACACUCAAUGGAGACCAAUAAAUAGCCAUCUAAGAAGGUUUCUCCCAUAGAUAACUAUGUAAAUGGCUAGACAAUCAUCAAAUGCUGACCUUGAGUUCCAUAUCCGUCACAAUUAUCCUUGGAGUCGCCUUCCAGCGAACGUUAAACAGAGCUUGGGGAAUAGCCAGAAAGAAUGGGAAAAGAGUGUUUUUGAAUACAGYGUAAAGAAUCAGCUGAGAUAUCGAGGGAAUAUCGUUAAACAUGUUAGGAAAGAUGAGAAGAAAUAUUAUGAAGACUUAUUACACUACAGUAGACAACACCUGAUGUUGUAUCCUUACCAUCUAUCUGAUGUCAUUGUCAAGGGUUUACGCAUCACACCGUUUGCGUAUUACUGUAGUAUUAUGCAGGAUAUUAUGCAAAGUGAAAGAAGUUAUGACUCUUUACCAAACUUCACAGCAGCUGAUUGUUUGAGGUUGUUAGGAAUUGGUAGGAAUCAAUACAUAGAUCUAAUGAAUCAAUGUCGAUCUUCAAAGAAAUUCUUCAGAAGAAAGCCAGUAAAAGAUCUUCUACCCACAAAACCAGUUCCUUUGAAAGUUCUUGAGCCUUGGUGGACGGUACACAUAGGAUACGUCACAGAAGAUGACAUUAGGAUGUGCUCAGCUUUAGAACACAAGGCUGUUGAUUCUGUCAUUGAUUCAGGGCCUAAACUUGCAGCUCACAUGGAUCUAAAAGUAGUUGAAGGUCUUUAUACUAAAGGAUUAAUAUAUAUGGGAGUACCAAUUAAAGAUGAAGAUUAUAUAGUAGUUCCUCCACUUGAGAACUUUGUAAUGAAUAGAGUACUUGGAGAUUACUUUGAAACUUUACUUUAUAAGAUAUUUGUAUCUAUUGAUGAGCAUACUAAUAUAGCUGAGCUUUCACAUGUUUUACAAAUUGAYCUUCAACUUGUAAAGAAUGCUGUAUCUGUCUAUUGUCGAUUGGGUUUUGCACACAGAAAAAAUGGUGACCUAGAUGAUGCUAAAAUCCACUCAUCUUGGAGUGAAAAAAUACAAAAUAGUCUUGCAAACAAAAGGUAUGGAAGCAAAGACAACCUUUUGAAUUUAGAUUUCAAUAAUUUAGAAGAGAAUGGUGUCAAUGAGACGACAUCAUCUAGUGCAGAUACUCUAGAAAUGGAGAGUUUGUCAUCCAUAACAUCAACAACAUCAGUGGAGGGAGGUCCAGGAAAAAGAAUAGCAUUCUUAUUUGAUUCAACACUUACAGCAUUUUUAAUGAUGGGAAAUCUAUCACCGGGUUUGAAAAACCAUGCUGUGACAAUGUUUGAAGUUGGAAAACUUGCAGAUGAGUCUCUGGAUAGCUUUUUGUCUGAACUAGAGAAGGUUGACAGCAUUGCAGAAGGUGAAGCUCAGCGAUACUUUGACCAUGCACUCACAUUACGGAAUGCAAUCUUAUUUUUACGAUAUAACAAAUCCCUUGGUGCUGAUAAAAGUGUUGUUCCUCCAAUGGGAUUAGAUCUUCUUCGAUGUGAAAGUUUAAAUGGUUUAGACCCAGCGGCCUGCAGUCGAGUCCUUCAGAAAAACUAUAGUUUACUUGUUUCAAUGGCACCAUUAAGUCAUGAAAUUCGACCAGUAACAAGUUGCGUCCCACCACAUCUUGGUCCAGCGAUCCCWGAAGUGAAUUCAGUAUGGUUUAAACUAUUCAUAUAUAGUCUAGUAGGAACUGGUCCGCCAUCRCUGCUUCUYGUCAAGGGUACUAGAUUAAGAUGGCUACCUUCAAUCUUUGAGGACUACGAGAGUCUGUUGAUUACUACUUGGGGCCAUGAUCCUGGUAUUGUACCUGUCUCUAAUGUCCUUCUGGCAUUGAAUGAUGCUCUGUCUCACUCGGCUGUCCUUGUUCAGGCCCAUGGUGUAUACUCGGAAGGCAAAGUGGUCCACGUUCCAUUUCCAUUUGAAAACAUUGAAGGGUCAUUUUCAGUCGACAACAUGCCCGCCCAUCCAGUUAUCCAAAAACUGACAACAGUGCUCGACUUAAAACACUCUUGUGGGUACAUCACAAUGCUGAAUAGCACGAUCGAUACGAGACCAUAUCGAGGCACAGUAAAGGCACCAUCACCGAACAGUAGUGAAGAAUUAUCGCGAAAUGCUUCUCCAUCGCCURUCAUGGGAUCUGACAUUAGUUUUGAUGAAUGUCUUGACGACGAGGUACAGGAAGACACGACAAUUGACUGCCGUUCCUCUGAUGAUAUGGUUAUAGUUAACGAAACAGUGAAAACUGGAGUAUCGUCACAAGAUGAAUGGGUGCCUUUAGAUUUGUGUUAUGGAGUCUCUUUGUUUGACAGUGAUCUGUGUGAAUGGACUUGUCAGAAGAUAUCAUCAAAUGGUCUUUGCAGUGAAGAAAGCCUGAAAGCUCUUAUUGAAUCAAGUCGUAUUUUAACUCUAACUCUCCUGGACUUCAUCCAAGAACACAAGGGUAGCUCAACGUCGUACGGUAGCUCUACAGAUGCCAAAACCUUUACACUUGCGAACACGUCUACACCAGAAGASGCUUUUAUUCCGUACCCGACUAACAACUUGAUAUUURACAAUGGUUCUCUUAAAGAAUGGGAUGGCAGAUGAUACAAUGGGAUCCCUGUGUAAUCUCUAAWUCCCCUUCUCUUGCCAAAAAAGAGUUAUGGCGGCCAAAGCGUCCUGCGCUUAUAGACGUACAAGUUUAGAAAGAAUACCUAAUCGUGAUCAAAAGCUGUAGAUAUCCUGGCAUUUGCUCUGCGCAAUUUGGCUUUGGGUUUCAGAUGGCGUACGGCAGCCAUGUUGGUAGGACUUCAACAAAAGAUUUUAAUUUGUGUACCAACAACAAAAUAUCGCCACCCUUUUCGUUGUCUUUUGAAUCAGGAAGCGAUCACUGAAAACUAGAACAGAGUAUGAUGGGUGAUGUGGUCUCCUCGUUUUAUAUGUUCACUAUAYUUUCGAAAAGCAUUCAGCUUUGUUUUUUGUUUUUAUUUGUGUUGGUGUUUAUUUAUUCUUUGUUGGAUUUUUUUAUUGUGUGUGUUUUUUGACAGUGUUUUUUGCUUGUUUUUGUUGUUUUUAUUGUAUUGUGUUUUGUUUUGUUUGUUUUGGUUUUGUAUUUUUUCAGUUAAUUUUUAAAACAAAGACGUUUGAGAACCACAUCUCCCAUCAUCCUUUGUUGUACAAAAUGACGUCAUCUGACUACACUAUCAGCCUUCAAUUUAUGUAUUGUUACUGGUCAUGUGCUUGUUAUCCACACUGUCUUCGCUAUUGGUUUUAUUCAUUGAACUUCAGGAAGUAUGGAGAAUGUCAAAAAAGAAUUAGGAAUUCACUAGAAACCAUACGUUAUUCCGGUCUAUUUUUAUCUCUAUCACACGGUAUAUGGAUGAUAUGCUCUCAUUGGAUAACUUAUGAUAGGCAUUGGAAGUCACGCACUAAUGUGGGAUAUUUGAAUGCGGUUUGAGCUGAGCAUGCUCACUAGGGCAGUGUAAGGUAUCAAGUGAUAUCCUAGAUUUUAUAAGCUGUUUGACCAACUGCAAAUCUUGAUCAAUGAAUUGCGAAAAUUUUAAUUGUAAAUUGUAAUUUACUUUGAGCUGUUGUGGAUCGAUUUCAGUUUAAAUGACUUUCACAAUCGCUGGGUUGAGUUCUUUAAAGCUUGAUUAACACAUGAGUUAACCCUCGAUUGACGACUUGCAACUACAGGUUCUAGGGUGACUUCCAAUGUCGACUUAUAAAGUAGAGCGUAAAAAUAAUAUUUAUCGGUAUUUUGAAGUGAAACCUUGAAAUGUUAUCCAAAGUUCAAUAAAAUGCAGCUUAUGGAAAAUACUUAUAUGUUUUAACGACAUAUAUAGAGCGGCUUUUAAUUAAAAUUUAGUGUUUUCUGUCUAUCGUUCGUAUGCCUUGUGUUUGGCAAUAUUGAUCAAGAUAUCGCUGUGCUGUUUAUUAUAAGAGGUUUCAUUAACUAAAAAUAAAUAGCUAACUGGAAAUAAAAUAACAGAUAAAACAUGUAUUUUCAAA